AUGGCUGCCGUCAGGGGCCGUAACCGGUUGGUGCAGUGCAGUGAUUCCGGAAUCGCAGCUGUUCCCAUUAAUGUCCCAGCUGACACAGUCAAACUGCGUCUAGAGAAGACCUUGAUCUCCAGGGUGCCCCGGGCAGCCUUCUACAAUCUGUCAGAGCUGCGGUUCUUGUGGCUGACCUUCAACUCCAUCACAUCCAUCCAUCCCAGCAGCUUUGUCAACCUUAAGGCCCUGCGAGAGUUGCGUCUGGAUGGAAACCUCCUGACAUCCUUCCCCUGGGAGGGGCUCAGAGACAUGCCCCGCCUCCGGACUCUGGGUCUACACAAUAAUCGUCUGUCCAGCCUUCCUGCUCACGCUUCUCUCUUUCUCCCCAACAUCACCUUCCUUGACCUGUCCAGCAACAGGUUGACAAUAUUACCUGCAGAGCUGCUGGACCUUUGGUUUCCUCUCCCAGCACAACAGGAAGGACCAAUUCAAAGAAGGAUUUUGGGCCUCCAUGACAACCCCUGGUUGUGUGACUGCCAGAUCUCCAUGGUGACGUCCUUGUCCAUGUUGCUGGGGAGUCCUGUAGUUCUCAUGGACCAGCAGCUGAUAUGCAGCAGGUCUCUGGGUCAGUCAGGAAUGCUGCUGACCCAGGCUGAGCUGUCCCGCUGUAUGAGGCCUUCAGUCCAGCCUGCAGCCACCAGAGUCAUCUCUCCACUGGGCAGCAAUGUAAUCCUCCGCUGUGAUGCAACCGGCUAUCCAACACCAACCCUGACCUGGAUCAAAACCUCAGCCUACACUGAUUGUUGCCAAGAAGACAUCCUUGAGAACUCUGACCAGCUACCAAUGAAUUUGGAGAGCUUUAUGCAGGAAUCUCCUCGAGUGGGGGUCCGCUGGUCGAUAAUCAGCAUGAAUGGGUUAUCAUACAAGGAUGCUGGUGAAUAUCGUUGCCAGGCUCGGAACAUGGCAGGAAUAUCUGAAGCUCCAAUUAAACUGAAGGUGGUAGGAGUCACAAGAAUAUCCCGUCUUCCAAAGAAGUCCCAAAAGACUCCACCCAAAUCAUCAUCAAAAUACAGAAAGCCUAACCAGAGUACAGCUACCACCGCCCCCUCAGUGAAGGAGAAUCAAAUACCCCAAAACAUCACCCCCCCUUCCAUUAACAAGACCCAACCUGCUCCUAACCUUGUGUCCAAAGUGUACCCUGUAGACAAAAGGCGCAAAAUGAACUUACGAUAUGCAAAGAAAAAGACCCCAACAUCCAUCAAGUCUACACCUCAGUCCCCUGAAAACUAAAACCCUAAAACUGCUCUGUCAUCAGAAACACUUCUGAUAUUCUGAUAUACAGUAUAUAAACACUUUGAUUGACUUCAACAAGGGGAUGGGAUUGCAAAUAAAACUAAAUUGUUUGUUUCAGGCUUUUUCAGGUCCAGUUUCUUGAUGAACUAUCCUGUAAA